AAGGUGAAUUGGGAGGCAGUAGAGAGGAGACAAUGUUGGAACUGGCAGCAUAGGAGAGAUCGGAGUCUCGUAUGGAUCACAUGAUGUCAUCAAUGAGGUUGGAAGAGUACCCGAGUCACAUGACUGAGACGAUAUUGAACCUUGCCCUGGAGAUCAUCUACCUGCUGACCGGAGAGAAUUUUCCUCCAGUGAAGUCUGGUGACCAUCUAACCAUCACAGUGCCUUCAUCGCAUUUGCUGAAACCCAAGAAAAACAAUGAGAAGAAGAUUGUGGAAGUCACCAACAAGAUCAUUGUUCUGCUGACAGGAGAGGUGAGCGGUGUUGGAAAUUCUGGGACGUUAUCCAGUAAAAGACAAGGGAUGUGUCUGGAUGGUGACUGUAUCAUUGUGUGUGUCAGGUUCCUAUAAGGUGUCAGGAUGUCACUGU